ACAACGCACUAAGGCAACUAACCGUCUUGCGAUCCGCUUUCCGUUUUGUUUAUUCGAUUCAUAGCGUGUAUUUUUGUCUCUCCAUUGGUUCAAUGCACACCCUAUCCAUCAUUAGACCCUUCCCCCGAUCUGAUUGGCUCAAACUCGAAAUGCACCGAUCUUCUUUCGCUCCCACCACCCGAAACGGCACAGCGAUCCCAGCCAGAAUCAAGGCACAACUUCUCCUUCCACGCCACUUCCGUACUAUAUUUCAGUGCCGGGUGCUCUUUGUACAUCUCUUGGUACAAGAUGCUGAGGUAUUCUCUCCACCAGCCGGGCCUGCUGCCGUACUGUUGGUUGCCACAGGUGGCAUUUCUUUCGUUUCCACUUUUCGCGAUAGCCUCUUCAUAAUGUUUUCAUUGAAGUCAGGCUGGUUCCUGCCAUUUUCUAUUCUUACCUUGCUCUUCCUUCUCUACAUCACCAUUGGCCUGUGGUUCACCGAGUGGAUUCAAAGCGGGCGCCAUGUGCGUACUCCCCAUGCCCUCGACGCAUAUCUCUCGCCUGCGACAAUCGACGCGCUAUACGAGGACAAGAACCUGCAAGACGCAUUCUUGAAGCUGUCUACAGCCGUAGCCGAAGCCUCAACGAGGUAUGGGGAAAAUCGCCACUCUACAAAUUGGAUCAAGUUCGGAAAAUCGCUUUCGGAAGAGGUCGCACGCGUGAAAUCCGAAACGCAGCCGAACAAAAAACGAGGACUUUUGCAAGAUUUUGGGAAUCUCAUAACCGGAGGAGGCCGUGCUGGAGGUGGUGUGGGGAAUAUCACCGGUGCCCUGGGGGAUCUUUUCUCACAGGGGCUGUCAGGAAUCGGGAACAGUCUAGUUGAUGGCCUCGCAACACCAGCAUUAUUCCUUGGUAUAGGUGUUGGAAUGGGGGUAGAAAAUGGUCUCAAUCUUUCGACGCCGGAGCAAGCGCAGUCGGAGGCUGUCAAACUGGCGCAGGUUAUGGGUCAAGAGCCUACAGGCAUUAACAUGAUUGCCCAAAACCUAGGAACAGGUGUUGCUGGGCAACUGUCCUCUGCAUUCGGUCCCAGCAACGAUAGCGACCGCUCUACCAAUGGAGGGCUUCUUGCCUCUCUUCCCAUCGGCCUCGCCGCCUUCAGUCUCGCUCAAGGAGUUGGCCAAGGAACCUCCAUAGGCCUGAAUCUUACCAAAGCUACCAGCAAUCCAGUAAACAGCUCCGAUAUCAUGGCUAUAGCUCAAAACAUCGGGCUGGGUGUAUCCACUCCUAUAACUUCAAGCAUCGAUUUCCAGAGCUUGAUGAGCCAGUCCGGCGCCGGUCUUUCGACGCUUCCCCUUGGUCUGAUAGCCUUCAGCCUUGCGCAGGGUAUAGGGCAGGGUACGUCUGCAGGCCUCAACUUGUCGACAAAAAAGGUCGACCCCGUAAACAACUCAGACUUCACCACAAUAGCCCAGAACCUUGGUCUGGGAAUCUCAACCCCGAUAGCAUCGAGCAUUGAUGUUCAGAGCCUUCUGAGUCAAGCUGGUACAGGCGGGGGAUUCUCCCCGGAGAAGCUACCGCAGAUUGCAGCAUCAGCAGGUCUUGGCCUUGGAGAAGGUGCCAGCAGGGGACUAGGUCUUGCGAAAGUAGGCCCAGCAGGUGUUCUACCCAGAAAAAGGCAAGCUCCUCUCAAUUCAGACUCGGUGGACAUUCCUGACGCGGUCGGCAAUUUUACCCUUGGACUCACCGAGUCAUUUCUGCAAUCCGCCGACAUCCAGAAGGCGCUUGCUUCUAUGGGACUUAACAGUGGAAAUGGAAACAUUGGGGGCAUGAAUCUAAGUUUUGUAUCGCUCGCAUCAGGAGCCGGUCGAGGUAUCGGAGAAGGAAUUGCGAUCGGUCUGGACAAAAAGGUCCCCAAGAACCUAUCAGUCAAAAGUUUUGCGACUAACGAAAGUGGGAUUGAUGCAGACCAGGAAAGAAUCGCAGAACAGUUCACCAAGGGUUUAUUGGCCAGCUUUCUGCAGAACGGUGGUGUCGAAUCUGUGGGUGGCGCGAUCGCUUCCAACGCAGGUGGUUUGACAAGGUCUGUAGACUUGCCGAAAACUGCAGAGGGCGUAGCGAGGGGGCUCGUAGAAGGUUCUAUACACGCGCUCUCGCAAGCUGGGGGUUUCCAUAAGGUAAUUGCUGGCGAUUUCCCACUAGAACUGGCUUACAGCCUCCCACCACUGCCCCUUACGAGCUUCAACGAUUCGCUCAACGGAUCUGCUGUGGCUUUUACAAGAGGUUUUUCUGGGGAGGGCAUCUUGUUGGUUUCGCAGCUUAUCAAGACGACCAAAGAAAAUUCGACUUUGCUGAAGCGUAACGUCGCUGAGAGCGCUAUGCCAACUCAGAUGACCAUGGUCCCCACGUUUGCCAUCGACAGUGCCACAUUGGGAAGUUUUGCACAAGCCGGAACAGAUACGCUUACGUGCGGCGGUGUCGGUGGCCUCGCUGCGGUUGGAUUAGGUCUCUUCAGCAAUCCUGCUUUGAAGAGCAAGAUUACUGGUAACACGGGGAAUUCGCCUCCAUUAGACCCGUCAACACUUGCAGCUCUACCUAAGGACCCCAUUACUAUCCGAUCUGGAGAUACAGCUUUCGUUAUCAAUAUCACUAAUUCUACUUCCAUCACGAUCAACGGACUGCCUGUAGUACCUUUUGCUGUUCUAACAGCUAUUCACAGUAGUCAUUUUGAUGACAAUAGCUUUUUUCUAUGCUCUACCUAUUUAUGUGACCCUCGGUGCUAUCCACCGCAUCUCAGUUAUGAUCGGGCAUCCCCUCGACAACGCGAAAAUCAAAUGGUGGUGAAAUUUCACUCUUUUGGGCGUUUUCAUACCUACGGCUCUGAUAGGUAUCGUGCUUGGAAUCGUCGGCAUGAGGAAAGCCCGGCAUUUUGCGCCCUCGCAUGGGCUUUUUCUGGCAUCAAGCAACUUCCCGCGCUCCUCAAAGGCGAGAGCAGAAUCCACGUCAUCUCUGCCAUAUUGGUCCAGCUAACCCUCGCCUUCUCUAUGUUCGCCUGGGUUCAAGGCUUCUCACUUCUCCGCGCUAUCAGCAUCUGCGUUGUCGAUGCCUUUCUCGUGGCCCCCGUUGUCGUCGGAUUUGUAAGCUUCGUCUCUAUCACUCAAGUUGGGGCCACUACCGUAGUCUUCAUCCGUCAAUACUUGGAAAUGCGCAUUGCUAAAUCCACAACCCCUCUCCCCGCCAUAAUCACUACCUUUUCAACCGUUACCAACGAUCCUGAAAACCGUACCGAUCAAUCAGACACAAAAGAGCCUUAUGUGUUUCAAAAACCAUACGAACCAAGCCUUGCCGUUCGAGCCCUCUCCCCCGAUGACCAGCGCCCUCGCCCACAAACCCACGAGCUCUACGGUCGCGAGGACUCGCAUAUAGACUGGCCAACCCAAGUCCGCAAGUUUGGUGUGAUCGCGUGCUCUCACCUCGUGUCUACGAUUACAAAUCCAGCAGAUACGAUGAUGAUGUUGUGA